UUAUACGUCAUCCCUUGGCCAAAACCAAGCCAUUUCAACGCCGCAAACGAGCAACGAGUAAUCUCUUGAGUUAAAAGCAAAGUUUGGUUUAAUCCAAAGCAUUCCCCAAACGUUGCUUACUCAACCGUCUUUCUCGUAUUGCUGCGACAAAUAAACACAAAUUGCGCGUCUUCAUCUUCAAUUGCAACAACUUCCGCAACAAUGGCGCCCACUGACGACCUCAUCUUUUCGCGUGCCUAUGAAUGUCGCUACGGCUACAGCUACAGCUACAGUAGAAAUGGAUGUUAUCGUAACAGCUGGUCCUACUGGGGACGCUGGUUAGUCGCGGGCAUCGUCAUCUUUUUCUUCCUUAUCUUUUUCAUGUGCUGCCUCAUCUCCCGUCGUCGUAAGAGCCGUGGCGUUAAGCCCGUCUACGGCACCGGAUGGAUGGCGGCCAAGCCUUGGGGACAAAACAACAACAACAAUCAAGCCUACAAUUACGGCAACCAAGGUGGUUAUAAUCAGGGCUACAACCAAGGAGGCUACCAGCCGAAUAACGGUGGCUACAAUGCGCCUCCCGCUUAUGGUCAGCAGCAACAGCCUCAGUACACUGGUACGACAUUCAACGCCAACGACGGCUACUAUGGCCAGAACGCUGGAGUUCAACAUCCCGAGGGCACAUAUCAGCGUGAUGGCGGAUACUCUGCCCCUCCUGGACCUCCUCCUGGCAAAUAAAUCCAGACAAGGAUAGGG